GGCAACGGCGACGUUCACAAUCCGACCGCUCGCGUUAACGGUCGCACGUCGUAGUCGUCGUUAACAUCAAUUUAGUAACACUGGUGCGAGGCAUAAAAUUUUACCGGACCCAUAACUGCUGGUCGUCGUGUGUAACAAUAUAAUUUGUUUUUUUGCCGGUCACCGUUGUCGUCGGUAACGAUAGAAUUUGAAAAAAAAAACAAUUUAAAUGUUUGUAAACGUUGCUUGUUAAUUUAAUAGCAGCAAACAUAACUUUUUAAAUAUCGUUCAGUGCGUUUUCAAUUGGUAAACGAUCCCUCGUUUGUUUUGAAUCGAGUAAGUGAUCAAUUUUAUUUCGCACAAAGCGCGUUUGUUUUUUUAAUUUAAUUGUUCACAAUCGAUGUUUUGUUGUUGACAUCAGGUGUUUUACCUGUCGUUGUCGUCCGUAGUUAAGUACGUGUUUCAAGUAUUUGGGGGGCCGGUGAUGCGUGAUGGUCGGACCGCGCGCGUUAACGGUGGUGUUUUACGUGGUGGCUGCAGCAGCGGCUGCGUCGACGGCGACGAAGACGGAGACACCGACGGCCGAUGUCAAGCGUAACGACGUCGGCAACCGAUUGGAAGCCUUGACGAGGGUGUCGCCGGCAGAUCAACAAGUGCAACAACAAUUGUCGCAACACAGACGAUUCCGUCACGAGGCCUCUUCCGUACGGGUCCUCUAUCAGAACGGGAAUUCUGAGGACGAGCUGCCGGUGUGCGAAAAGUGGGCGGUAUGCAGCAAGGUGGACAUGUACCAGUGGCCGUGGGUGGAGAGGCAGUGCAGGUGUCCGCCUGGCACUGCUCCUUGCUCGCAAAUGUUGUCACCGGCUGAUGGACACACCAUCACUGACAAGACCAGACAGUUUAAGUUGUGCGAGCCAAUUAAAAUGUUACCCAAAUGCCGCUACUUCCGCGACAUGGCUUGGACGUUGCGGAGUGAGGGCAACGGUACGCUGCAGACAGUUCACUGUCACUGUCCAAAGGGUUCCGUCGCUUACCUAUUGAAAAGACAAGCUUACCAGACGGAGUCUAAACAAAUCGGCUACCAGUAUUCCUUCGCUUGUUCUCCUCAGAGCAGACUUCGGUGUCAGCGGAAAGAACCGUGCCGGUUGUUUACCGUGCGCAAGAGACAGGAGAUGGUGGACGAGGUGAACACCAACUCUUUGUGUCAGUGCCCUCAGGAACACGCGUGCCCGUCUCACCAUACCGACGCCGGAGUGAUACAGAGCAAGAACUACUCCGAAGAGAACAUCAGGACGUACAGCGGAUACUGUAUGCCGUUGCCGGCGGAUGACUAAUGAACGCUACGAGUGGUUGGACACGAGUUCACCUUUUAUCUAUUUAUUAAAUUCUUUAUCUCCCUUUUUUUUAAAAAAAUUUUUACCCAAGCGAGGAACAAGAAAAAAAGAUAAGGACGGCUUCGCAGUGACUUUUAAUGUGUUUUUAAUUCAGUUUUUUUAAUGCCUUUCUUUUUUAAAUAAAUCAAAAGAUAGCAUUUUAAAAAGAGAAAUCGCAAAGUAUUUAUUUUUAUAAUUUAAAUUAUUAUUAUUUUUAUACCAAAAUCAUUAUGAUAAAAUUUUAAUAUUAAUAUGUUUUUUAUCGUGUAAAUAUUUUACUACAUCGAUAACAGUUUAUUAUUAUGUAUACUUUUUAUACGAUGUUCUUGUUAUUUAAAUGUUUAGAAUGUUUUUCUUUUAGACUUUAUUAGGACUUUUAUUAUUAUUAUUAUUUUAUUUUUUGUGUAUCAGAAAAUGAUUUUUUACCUAAAUUGUAAUUUGUGUAUAUACCUAGUUAUUAUUAUUAUCAUCAUUAUGAUUGAUUUGUACAAUACUUUCUAUCGAUUAUUUCUUGUGAAAUUUUAAACACGUUGAACAUAAACAG